AUAAAAUGUCAUGAACCUUUGGAAUGAGAAGAUUGAGAAAAACUUAAAAAAUGUCAAAGGCAAAUGAUAGCAAAUUACACAUACAGAUUUUGAGAACCACUCAAAAAGAUGAUGAAAUUAUAAACGAUAUUAACCAAAAUUUUAUUAAUGUUUUAAUGAAAUUACGUAUAAAUAAAUUAAAUUUUAAACAACACAAAAGAAUCGAUGGUGUAUCAAAAUUUUUAUACUAUAUUUUAACAUCCUUGUCAUGCCUUCAAACAUUAGGUGAAGAGUAUACAGGUCUUAUUCGUGUUGAUGGUACGAAAAGAUUUCUUCCUAGUAAACCUGUACAUGUCUUGUGGUUAAUAUUAGAGACAUUUGGUGAAUCGAUUUCACAUAAAUUAUUAGAACAUUUAGAGAAACAAAUUAUUGAGAACGAUGAUUUAUUGCCAGAUGCAAAACAAGCUAUUUUAGCAACAGUUCGUUUUUUGAAGAAAUGUUUACCGUUUAUUGUUAAAUUACAAAAGGCUGAAUUCUAUUUUAAUGGACAGUAUCCAGACAUUCCGAAGCGAUUAACUAGUAUUAAUUAUAGAUGUGUCCACCCGAUUUAUGAUGAACAGAGUUCAAGAUCAUUAUUGAAAAUUCUUGGAUUACUAACAUUAAUAAAUUUUGGUAUAAAUGUUUAUACGAAAAUGAAUCUAUGGAAAUCAUCCACAUCUGAUGAUAGUAUAAUUGAAGCACACGAAAGUAGUACUCAAACAAAUUUACAAAUUUAUACAAAAUGUAUUCUAUGCUUGGAGCCACGUAAAAAUGAGUGUGUUACACAAUGUGGCCAUGUAUUCUGUUGGAAAUGUAUUGGUGAUUGGUGUCAAAUUCGAAAAGAGUGUCCAAUUUGUAGAGAAGUUAUUGUUCCAUCGAGAAUUAUUUAUUUACAAAAUUAUAUUUAAGUGGUAUAGAGACCAUCGUUGGUAGGCCGUCGUUUGAAUCCUCGUCAUCUUCAUUGGUACCAUCGUGUGCACUUUCGGGUUUGUUUCUGCAUGUUUCACCACAACAAACUUUGCACAGAACUGAAUAUUUCAACCCUGCUUUUCUGCUGCCACAAGC